AGUCUCGUUUGAUUUUUUUUUUUUUUUUUUUUCCUUUCGUACUUUCACUCGAUGUCCGUGGCCAUUCGCUGCAUUUCCGGCCGUUCAGCGGGUUUCGCCAUGCAGAGCCCACUCUACGCGUCCUGCCUCGCGUCGUCGUCGUCGUCACCAUCAUCCUCCUCAUUAUCAUCACAACACACAUUCAACACGGGUCGCCGCGGCCUCGCGAGCGUUGCAGCUGCAGCGUCGCCAGCAUCGUUGCCGUCCAAGCGUGAUACGCUUCGGUUGUAUCGCCACCUGCUGCAGACCGGACGCAAGUUCCAAGACUAUAACUACCGAGAAUACUCCCUUCGCUUCAUCCGAGAUUCGUUCCACGCAAACGCCGGCGUCACCAAUCCUGAACAGCAAAAGGCGCUGUUUGACAAAGGAAACGCAUCGUUGGCAAUGCUGCAACGCCAAACAACAAUCAACGCCAUGUUCCAGCACUCGCCACUGGUCAUCGAGUAAACACCUCCCCAGGGACUUUUGAAAGCUGGAGUUGCACUGAUCCAACUUUGUUUUGUGAAGUUACCGCUGUUUGUUUUUUUCUGGCUUUCGUUGCCAAUAUUCACUCAGUGGAAGUGGAUUGGAAAAUGGGAGCGACCUGUGCGUUUUGUGUUUUGACAGAAUAAUAAACACAUUCAAGACCGAACA